AUGGGUCGCAUAAAAGAGUUAAAGUUGAUUUUGCAGCUUAAGAAUCCAUUGAUUCUUGGUAGGAGUUGCAAAGUAGAAACAUUGGAAAGAGAUUUGUUUCAUUGUGGAAGUGAAAUCAGUGCUCUCAAAGAACAUCUUUAUUUUGUAGCACUCCACGAAACAUCACCCUUUGAUGAAAACCAGAUUGCUAUGUUGAAAGUUCUCAAGAGUAAACAUAGGAAAUUCCAGUGCAUACAUUGUAAUUAUGUUGCCCAUACAUCUAGUAAUCUUCGUAAUCAUAUCCGUGUUCAUACGGGCGAGCGACCUUUUCAGUGUCCUGUUUGCAAUAAAGAUUUCACUCAGAAAGGGAACAUGCUGCGUCAUGUUACAAAGCAUUUUAUUGAGAGCGUCAGUGAGCUUCGUAAUCGAACAUGUGACUGGGAUUUGUUAGCCAUAUACUCUGGCAUAAAGCAAGAACUGAUAGGUGACAAAGAUAUGAAUAGUACAAAUCAUCCUUUUAAGUGUAAUUUAUGUCCAUAUACAACAUUUCUUCCCACAGUUCUGAGGCAGCAUAUGCUUACUCACUCCAUCGAAAGACCAUACAAAUGUCCAAUCUGUGCUAAAGGUUUCACGCAGAAGGGAAGCGUUCAACUCCAUAUGUUGCAUCAUACAGGGGAAAGACCUCAUAAAUGUCCAGUAUGCCAGCGUUGCUACUCUCAGAAGGGGAGUAUGAGACGUCAUAUCUUGCAGCACCUAAGUAAAAAUUCAAACAAAUGCCCGUUAUGUCCCGAAAUUUUCGAAUUGAGAUCUGAAGUUGAAGUCCAUUUAAUACAACACACCAAAAAAGACUCAUUUUUCUGUAGCGCAUGUCAGGCAACUUUUACUAGUGCUAUUAACCUUGAUGAACAUAACAAAAUACAUCAUAGUUCAUGA